AUAACUGGUUGUGAGGGAUUUGCUGUAAAACAAGAGUAGACUUGUUAUUUGAUGUUACUCACAAAAAUAACUUUUCAUUAGACAGUGUAUCUCUUAAUAUCUUUACAUGUGGAUAUCUUUAUUUUUCUUUGCCCUACAGAAAAGAUACAGUCUGGCAGUAGGACCCCCUAAGAAGGACCCAAAGAUUAAAGGAGUGCACUCUGCAGCAGUACAGGCCUUCCUCAAGAAGAAAGAUGAUGAGAUUCGCAAAAAAGGUACACAUUUUACAUGUAAUAAACUUUCUUUUGUGAAUUGCUUUAAUUGCCUUGGACGCCUCGUUACUGCUUUACUACAUCUUUGCAAAUAUCAGCCUUGUUUGGGGGGGAAGAACUUUGUUUAGGGCUUGAAACAUAUUAAAUGUGUCUGUAUAUUCUAAAACCUCUUUCAUGGUUUACCCUACCAUAGCUGGCUGUCUUGACCCAAUUUGAGCUAACUGCAGCUCUAUUGGUAAUGAUUGCUAUCCCUGGAAAACUUCUCACGGCUGAGAGAUGAAAAUGUGUAUUGUGGGCUCUAUGAAGACCUUUACUUGGAACUUGUUAUAUAUUAAUAUAACAUAUUGUUAUAAUUUUUAUUUUAGAAUUGGAAGAAAAGAGGAAGAAAGAGGACUUAUUGGCCAAACGCAAGGAACUGAAACAUGACAAGAAGGCCAGGGCAAUGGCUUCAAGGACAAAGGACAAUUUCAGAGGCUACAAUGGUGUUCCAGUGGAGGAUAAACCCAGAAAAAGACAUUCCAACUCUGAAGAAGACCAGAGCAUGAAUGCCAAGUCAGAUGAGGAGUACAUGACAGAAGAAGAGCUCUAUGAGUAUUCUCAGACUGAAUCUGAGCAAGAGGAAGAGAUUGAGGAGCCAGCACCGCCCCCUAAGAAAAUACCAAAAUUAUCAAAUGUGAAAAAAGCUGCUCCUCCGGCAAUGAACUUUACUGAAUUGCUUAGACUUGCUGAAAAGAAACAGUUUGAGCCAGUGGAAAUUGUGAAACCUGUGAAAAAAUCAGACGAUAGGCCAAGGACAGCCGAAGAGCUCAGAGAAUUGGAGUUUUUGGAGAGAAAAAUGCAUAAGGACAUAAAGACUGUGGACAGAGACUCAAAAAAUGGCCAGGUUGUGAAAGUCAGUAAAAGCUCUGGUGACAAGCAUUUGUCUUCAAAAGGAAGCCAUUCCAUGGACAAGAAAUCAAAGUCUCAUGAAAAAUAUUCCAGUUCAUUGUCAAAAUCAAGCCCUACUGAGAAAGUAAAAAGUGGACACCAUGGAACAAUGAAAAAAUCCUCCAGUGAAAGUGGGAGUCGAGUAGAACAAAGUGUGCCUGUCCCCACUUCUAAAGUCCACAAGGUUUCUUUAAAUGGAAGCCUAAAAUCUUCUUCAGUUAAACACUCAUCGAUUGCUAGAACUGAAAGCGUGGUCAACUCAAAUGGCAAGAGUCAUGGGAGUGCACGACAAUGUGGCAACUCCAACUCAGGUUCCAGCUCUGCUCUGCCAUAUUUGGGAUCUAGCUCUGCUAGGCCUUCUGGGUCCCAUUCCUCCACUCAUCAUUCUAGCAACUGUAGUUCUGGGUCUGCUGUACCAUCUGGCAGUUCUGGAUUUGUUCGGCCCUCUGGAAAAUCUGGAUCUGUACAACCCUCGGGUAACUCUACUUCUGGAUCUGUUAAGCACUCUGGCGGCUCUAGUUCUGGAUCUGUUAAGCACUCUGGCGGCUCUAGUUCUGGAUCUGUUAAGCACGCUGGCGGCUCUAGUUCUGGAUCUGUUAAGCACGCUGGCGGCUCUAGUUCUGGAUCUGUUAAGCACGCUGGCGGCUCUAGUUCUGGAUCUGUUAAGCACUCUGGCGGCUCUAGUUCUGGAUCUGUUAAGCACUCUGGCGGCUCUAGUUCUGGAUCUGUUAAGCACCCUGGCGGCUCUAGUUCUGGAUCUGUUAAGCACCCUGGUGGCUCUAGUUCUGGAUCUGUUAAGCACGCUGGCGGCUCUAGUUCUGGAUCUGUUAAGCACGCUGGCGGUUCUAGUUCUGGAUCUGUUAAGCCCGCUGGCGGCUCUAGUUCUGGAUCUGUUAAGCACGCUGGCGGUUCUAGUUCUGGAUCUGUUAAGCACGCUGGCGGCUCUAGUUCUGGAUCUGUUAAGCACACUGGCGGUUCUAGUUCUGGAUCUGUUAAGCACGCUGGCGGCUCUAGUUCUGGAUCUGUUAAGCACGCUGGCGGCUCUAGCUCGGGAUCUGUUAAGCACGCUGGCGGCUCUAGUUCUGGAACUGUUCGUCCAUCUGGGACCUCUGGAUCUGUGCGACCCUCUGGCAGCUCUAAUUUGGUAUCAGGUCGAACCCUGGGUACAAGUUCUGGAUCCAGUAAGCCUUCUGGCAACUCUGGCCCCGGUUCAUCUCGUCCAGGUAGUGUUGGGCAGUCAAACACCAGCUCUGGUUCUAAACCUGGAUCCAGCCGACCACAUAGUAGUUCUUCACUGCCAGGGAGCACUCCUAAAAGUGCAUCUAUUCGGCCAGGAUCUUCCUCUGUACGGCCGAGCAGCAACAUGGCACCUGCUGCUGGGCGUGUCUCUGGUGGUUCAGGACCUGGUCGGCCUGUUAACAAUUUGGUUGCAGGGCAUGGAGCACUUGGGAAACCGAAGUGUACUGUAAUAUCGGAAACCAUCUCAUCGAAAAACUUUAUUCCUAAAUCUAGUAAUGGACAAACCAAUGGAAUGAAACCUGGCCCACCUAAGCCAAUGGCUCGCCCACCAGGUAUGUUUUCAAAUGGGUUUAGAAUUGAUUAUUAUGAAUAUCAAUGUGUUGCUUUGUUUGAGGGUUAUUUAACAUUCUGAAGGUGUAGAAGUCAGUAGGAACAUUCUAUUAUAUUUGGUAAUUGCAUCACUUUGCCCCCAAAAUUUGUCAUUUGUAUUUAUAUGGAAAACAUUUUUUUCUUUAUUCUGCACCUUAUUAGCAGUAGUAGGGGUGAAUAGAUCUCUAAGCACUGUUUUCUCAAGUCACACUGACAUUGUAUUCACAUAUAUUGUAGUAUCGUCCUGUUUAUUGAAAACUUUCCGAAAUGUUCAUUGUGGGAGUUAUGUCCUGGGACCGGCAGGGCAACAUGAAGGACAACACUCUUGAAAAAGGUGCCUGAGCGCGCUGAAACGCGCGUCGAGUUUAGACGUUUUCUCUUUUAGUUAGGUUCUUGAUGCAGCCUGUUAGUCUCUUAUAGAUUUGGAGGAUAUUUUCAGCUAGUUACUUUUGCUCCAGUCUCUGAACUUGGCCCCAGGGUCUGGCUACAUCUAUUUGAACAGCUUCUAUUAAUAAGCUGUUACUUUACGGGCAAUGGCACUUAUAUUAGUACCUAUCUAGACAGGAGGGUUGAGAUUCACUUUUGAGUAUGUUAUAGGAGCUUUUUUGAUGUGUCAGAGGGGCCUUUUCACUAUCCAUCUAGGCCAGGGGUAGGCAACCUUUUAGCAGCACUGUGCCGAUAUGGGAUUGUGGUGUCCUGUAGCGUGCCGGUCCUUUUUUUUCUUUUUUUCUUUUUUUUUUAAAGUGAGGUGUGUGUGCUGCCGUAUUCUGCUUGUUAUUUUUACUGUAAUUGCUUUGUAUCGUUGUAUUUGUGCGUAUAGGAGCUAUUAUAUUGUAUAUGUUCAGGAGUAGUUUAUGGUAUCGUCUAUGAUACAUAUGAAUGUGGGCUGUGAUUGGGGUUGUCUGUGGAAUUGUGUGUGGAUGGAUAUGUCACAUUGUGUGUUUGGUAGUGUGUGUGUGUGUGUGUGUGUGUGUAUGGGGCUGUUUGGGGUAUUGCAUGUGAGAGUCUGCAUGUGGGGUUGUGUGCAUGUAUGUGGAUUGUUAGUGGUGUUGAGUUUGUGUGGAUUGUUUGUGGGCUGAUUAUUUGUAUUGAGUAGAGGGUUAUUCUGCAUUUCUGUGUAUAUCUAGCAGUGUGUAUGUGGCUUCCCAGGUACAGGUCAAGAACAGGAGCUGCAACAGCAGCUGCAGCCUGAUCUACUACAAAUCCGAGAUCACUUCCUCUACGUGCUGCAAUGCAUAAAUUGAGGAUUGUCCUUCACCACCUUUUCGUAUUAGCAGAUAUCUAACAUUUUACUGGGACUGCUGAUAGGCCUGAGCCUGUUUGGCUCUAGCAGCCUUGAGUGCCGUGCAAAGACACCUCGAGUGCCGUGCAUGGCACUAGUGCCGUAGGUUGCCUACCCCUGAUCUAGGCAGUCUAUGCUUAGCAGCUGCCUUUGCAGUGUUUAUUUGGAUAGACUGAUUGGGUUUAAUUGCUCCAUUACCCCCUGUUUUUUACUCAAGGAUCAAAAUACUCUUUUCUAAUGGGAUUUGACCUUGGGAGGGGAUCUUUGUUUAUUUUCUAAUAUAUAUUUUUUUCUAAUCUUCCCUAAGACCUUAUAUUUGGUAAUAUCAUAGGUUUGACACUACUUAAGGCAGUGCAAUAUAUUUAGCCUGCCUAUUUAUUUAUUUUCUCUAUAUAUUUUUAAAGUGCAAUUUCAAACAGAUUAGACUUUGAUGGUGUGUCUGUUAUAUGCUGAGGUUUUUCUUUUAAGGUUAUAUGUUGGGUUACUGUGUGUAUUAACUCAUACGAAUAUUCAUAGCAUUAUAUUGCUUAUAACUGUAUUCCAUUUCUACACGGAUGUUAGCUACAGUCACCCUAAUAAACCUGCUUGCUAACUGGCACUUUCUGCCAUUAAUAAGCAACAAGCAAGUUUAGCCUCUUACCACUAUUAGGCGUCUUUGCAUUUAUUUGAUGUAAGCUAAAUUUAUACUAGUAUUGAUAAUAGCACUGUUAGAGAGAGAUUACCUGAAUAUAGUUCCAUAUUAACAGGGAAGGUAGAGAGUAUUUAAACAUAGUCCUACCUAUUACUAGUGGAUAUAUAGAGGCUUUAUCAAUUUCAGCUUCUAUCAGAUACUAUCCAACUAAGUGCAACUUAUUGACAGUUACUAGCUUUUGACCUUUAUCUCUUAAAUAUAUUCUUGACUAUUGUGUCUAUUGUAGAAGUCAAUUCAUUAGUAACAACUUAGUUACACUUCUGUAUACAAGAGAUUACCGUUUUGUUUUUUUGUAUAAAUCAAUUCAUUAGUAACCACUUACAGUUAGUUACAUAUACAAGAGACUGUAUAGACUGCAUCAAACCUUUCCUUUUUAAAUUCACCAGCACUGUGUGUUUCACUUAUUUCAUCAAUUUUUGUCCUUAAAGAGAUUUUUUAAAUAGAAUUUAAAACAUAAGUUUUUAAUUUUUACUCUGUUAUUUUCACUACUGUGGGUAUACCUAGGGGGAGUGUUAGAGGAAAGGCAGGUCGCCCCUCACUCUUUCACCCUCUUAGGCAACCUUUCUCGUGUUUGUACUCUUAAUUGACAACUGUCACAUCUCAGGAUUUUUAAUAUAAUUUACUUGUAUUAAACAAAUUUUGUUUUUGAGGUCUGACAAAUAACAUUUACAUGUUGAAGAAAUCAGCACUGUUGUAUUUAGCUAUAUUCUCAAACUGGGUGCUUCUGUUUUGGUUCCCUGUCAAUCAUUUCUAUAAGCAAUCUUUAAAGGGGCACUUAGGACACCAAUAAAUCUUUUAUUGGUGUAUUUGAUAAGAUCUUGCCUUUUUUAAGGUGAUGUGCUGGUUAUAUUUCCCCCAAAUAUUAAUCCAAAAUUGUCAUAAGUUAGAUUGAAGGAUAUACCUUUUUAUUUAUUUUUGUGUUUGUACUUCAUCUGAAGAGUCUUUCUUUUAGCAUAUUAUUGCAUAGAUAUCAUUUAGUAUGUUUUUUUGAGGGAUAUAUUGUUUUGGGGGUUUUUGUUUUUUUCUCCAUUUGUGUGUGUGUGUAUUUAUUUUUUGGGGGAUUUUGUUUUCUUAACAGGUCCCCCUAAACCACCAAUAACUAUUUCUUACAAACGAAGAAUUGACGAUGAUGAUGAAGAUUUUGAUUCAGAGAUGGAAGAUUUUAUUGAUGAUGGAGGGGAGUCCCAAGAUGAAAUAUCAAAGCACAUUCGAGAAAUAUUUGGCUACGACAGAAAUAAGUUAGUAAAUUUAUGCUAUAUUGUGUCCUAGCAAUGCUCUGAAAAUAAGUGGUAUAUUUAAAUUUGUUAAUUUUCUGAAGAAGUCUAUACAUGACUUGUCUUUAUACACAAUUUCAGAAUACACACUUACUCUUUAAAAAUGUAUUUUAGGGAAGACUCGGGGGAUCAUAACCACUUCAUCUCAGUGAAUUACCUGAUCUUCCAGUGUUUAACACUUUUUUUUAUUAUUAAUUAUUUUUUUUUAACUGCUGCUUCUGUUCUGAUGCUUGGCUAAUGCAGAACCGUUGGCUUGAGCAGCAAAUUGGUUGGAGUGAUAGACUGAAGUGCAUCUUGCUGGCCACUGUGAGUAUAGAUUUAAAAAAAUGUGCGUGUGUUUACACGUAAUGCUUCCACAUUGGCCAAGUAACAGAGGAGAGGCAGAUGACAGACACCUGGUUACAGGGCUUCUGUGUUAAACCAUUCAAAACUGUUUAACCCUGGAAGGUAACAUGGCACCAAAAUGAUUAAUUUAUUGAGUCCGUGAUUAUGGUGCUUGGAAUGUUUCUUUAAGGAUAAGUGUGCAUCCUCUUAAGAUGGUAUUUCUUAACCUGGUAAAUGUAGUGAUCUGUUUUGGAUUGCAAUUUAAACCUUUUCUGUAUUCUGCUCUCUAGGUAUAAAGAUGAAAGUGAUUAUGCCCUGAGGUACAUGGAAAGCAGUUUCCGGGAGCAGCAGAAAGAGGAAGCCAGGAGGUAUGCCUGCUGCAAAUCUUACUACCCUAGCAGGAGCUUUUAAUGUUUACCCGCCUGCCCCUUUAUAUAAAACCCAUUUACUCUUCUAGUAGCUUACGUUGCCCAUUUAGGCACAUAUGGGCUUUCUGUUCAGUGCACGCACAUAUUGAGCAAGUCAAAUCUGCGAGCCCCCCAGUCCAUGUUUUAAAAACAUUAUAACAAUUUUUAUAUCUAGCAAAUUGUUCUAGACUAAUUUACAGCCUAAUACAACCAUAUUGGCCAAGUAACACAUCUAAAGACACUGUAGCGUUAGGAAUACAAAACUGUAUUCUUAACUCUAUAGUGUCACAUUCCCUCUAGAGUCUUUACACACCCACAUUCACACCCUGCACAUAAAUGGUUAAACACUUGCCUGAUUCCAGCGCCAAGGUCCCUCAGCACUGGCUCCAUCUCAACCUCUGGCCACGUCACACUGAUGGGGGAACCUAAUGCACAUAUGCUUUGAACACUGCAUGCAUCCAAAAAAAUCUUGUGAGGCACAACAUGAAAAUUAAAUAUUAAGUAUAAUCUGCUCUGCUAGUCAUCCAUGUUUCUGCUACCUAAAACACACACUAGCAAAGCAAAUUGUCACUUUACGUUCUACUGCAAUUGGAAAGAAAACUGAUUCUAGUUUAGACUAUGAGGCCUGCCUCUAUUCAGAUAGGACACAAAUUGCUAAAUCUAGGUAUGAAGAGUGCAUGUCUGUUUUUUGCUUUUUUACUUGUAUUUAUGUGAGUUUUUUAGUUUGGUUUGUACUUAAAAACAUUGUUGUAUAUUAUUUAUUGAACAUUAAUUUUAUGUAUGCCUUUUGCAGUUUGCGAUUGGGUAUUCAAGAGGACUUGGAAGAGUUAAGACGAGAGGAGGAAGAAUUGAAAAGGCAAGCCAAACAGAGUGCGGCAAAGCGGAAGAAAACCCGGUAGCAGUAGUUUUACAUGUUACGGAUCUAAACACUGACUUGGGCCUUCUCAGUCCAUGCUCUGGCUAUGAUAGGAUACAAUCUUACAAUACCAUCGAAGUAAGUUCUGCUGCUGGAAUGAACCACACCGCAAUGGCACAGAACCUGGAAAUCAUAUGGUCACUUCUGGUACCUAAAAUAGGUUAUCACCGUGGCAAACGAAAAAGGCAUAGAAAAACACAAUUUGUGUUUAAACUUGUGUUUACUUGUAAAAAGGAAAAAAAAAAAUUUUUAAGUCUUUAACUACAAGUAAAUAAAAUUACAGGCUAUUUGUACCUAGAUGAAAUUUAUCACAGGUCAAUACAGAUUUUGCAGAAACUGCCAUGAGAUAUAGAGGAAAAUGUGCUUUAUAUUUGUUUAAUUUUUUAUUUGAGAGAUAUGUAUGAUUUUUUUCUUCUUUAAAAGUAUAAAAUAUAUAUGUUCUGAGAACAGAUCUGUGGAAUUAAUAAAUUAUUCAGAAGAAAAGGUUAUAAACCUGUGCUAUGUUUUGAGGGAGAAAAAUGCCAUUUAUUGCAUACCUUAACAUCUUUAGUUCCAUGUUUGUCUUUGUGCAAUAUAUCAGACAUUCUUUUUAUAACAAGGAUGUGUACAGUCCUUACAAGUGCACUUACCCAAUGCAGAGUGGGCUGGUACCUAAUUUCUUUAAGAAGCUCAAAUGGUUUGCUGGUCACCUUCAAAGUAUAUAAUUUAUCUACAGCCUGCCGUGGGUUAAUAUUUAUGAAGGGCAAGUGAUGUCACAAUGAUGGCAAAAUAUGGGGAGGGGGGGAUUUAAAAGUGCAUCUUCUCUUGACAUGCUAAUACAUCUAUUUUGUGUUCUUUAUACAAAUAAACAUCUGAUGCAUUAUU